ACUGAUUGACGCUCUGGGGGCCGCGUUCGGGCUCCUGGCCCGGGAGACGCAGAUGAAGAUGGCGAUCCUGGAGGGACACCGCUCGGGGCCGCACGCCCCUCACUACCGCACCCUGCAGGCCAUGGUGGCCUUUGAGCUGCGGCGCGGCCGGGUGGGGCUCCGGGUGCUGCCCCCGGACCAGCCCCCCUCGGGGAGCCGGACCCUGCUGCGCCUCCACCGGGCCCUCAAGUGGCUGGAGCUGUUCCUGGGCAAGCUGGGCCGCAGUGGGGCGGAGGAAGACCCCUCCCAGCUGUGCGCCGAGGCCUACCAGGCGGCCCUGGCCCGGUACCAUGGCUGGUGGGUGCGGCAGGCGGCCGGGCUGGCCUUCCUGGCCCUGCCCUCGCGCCGGGAGCUGUACGGGCUCGUCUGCGCCGAGGGGGAGAAGGAGGCCCGGGCUGUGCUCCUGGAUGCCGUCGGCACCAUCUCCAGGGUGUAUAACAUCACCCAGCAGCUCUACGCCACCCGCGGCCUCUUGGAGCUGCCCUGAGCGACGCCGGGGGGCGCCGGAGAGGACAAGUUGGGGGGCACUCGGUCUGCUCAGCCUUAGGGCAGGGACUGGCUGGCUCAGGGGGGCAGGGAAUGAGGCAGGGGCCUGUCCCA